CUACAAAUACAUAUAACACAUUCAAACUAAAAUACCUGGGCUGCUGGCAAGCUGGAGCCUGCUUUGCCCUGCUCCACCUUAAGGCCAAAAUUGGAUUUGUUAAUUCUAGAUUGGCUCUGAGAAAUAAGUAAAUAUUCUGCCAAGCCAGGGUCACUGACUCCAGACCAGAGGGGUUGAGCUUAUGCUACAGCCGCAGACUAACACACUUCUCACAUACAACCUACCCCAGGAGAGUAGCAGCUCCCUGCUGCAGGCUCCACGCCCGCCCCCUAGGCCUCUGCUCUCGCUCCUCACCUGCAGACAGGAGCACCAUGGCAACUCCUAAUGACCAGGCGGUUUUGCAGGCCAUCUUCAACCCCAACACCCCGUUUGGAGAUGUGGGGGGGUUGGACCUGGGAGAUGACACAGAGCAGGAGGAAGCAGAUGAAGAUGGAGUUUUCCCUCAAGCCCAGCUGGAGCAGUCCAAGGCCCUGGAACUGCAGGGGGUGAUGGCAGCGGAAGCUGGGGACCUGGCCACAGCCCUGGAAAGGUUUGCCCAAGCCAUCGACCUGCUGCCCGAGAGGGCCUCGGCCUACAAUAACCGAGCCCAGGCCCGGCGGCUCCAAGGAGAUGUGGCAGGCGCCCUGGACGACUUGGAGCGGGCCUUGGCGCUGAGCGGCGGCCGAGGUCGCGCCGCCCGCCAGAGCUUCGUGCAGCGCGGGCUGCUGGCGCGACUGCAGGGCCGGGACGACGACGCCCGCAGGGACUUCGAGCGGGCGGCGCGGCUGGGCAGCCCCUUCGCGCGGCGCCAGCUGGUGCUGCUCAACCCCUACGCCGCGCUGUGCAACCGCAUGCUGGCCGACAUGAUGGGGCAGCUGCGAGGCGCCCCGAACCAAUAAAACCGCCGGGCUCGCCGC